UUACAAUCAGCAUUUUUGUGCUGGAUACCAUCCGUGCAUCUUUCUAGAGCUCAGGAAAUGAGGGGAUAAAGCCGUGCGGAGGGCUGGGAGGCUGCGCAGAAGCCCAUAGGUCUGUGCUCGCUGCUCCAAGCCACAGACUUAGGAAGAUGAGGCUCGCCGUCCGCGCCCUGCUGGCCUGCGCGGUCCUGGGGCUGUGUCUGGCUGUCUCCCCUGAAAAAACUGUGAGAUGGUGCACUGUCUCAAAUCAUGAAGCCAGUAAGUGCUCCAGUUUCAGCGAAAAUAUGAAAACGGUCCUUGAGACUGGUCCCUUUGUCAGCUGUGUGAAGAAAACCUCCUACCUUGAGUGCAUCAGGGCCAUUUCGACAAAUGAAGCAGAUGCUGUGACAUUGGAUGCAGGUUUGGUGUUCGAGGCGGGCCUCCACCCCUACAACCUAAAGCCUGUAGUGGCAGAGUUCUAUGAGUCACAAGAUGAUAAAAAAACCCACUAUUAUGCUGUGGCUGUGGUGAAAAAGACCAGUGACUUCAAUCUGGACCAGCUCCAAGGCAAGAAAUCCUGCCACACAGGCCUUGGCAGGUCUGCUGGGUGGAACAUCCCCAUGGGCUUACUUUAUUGGAAGUUGCCUGAGCCACGUGACUCUCUUCUGAGGGCAGCGUCCAAUUUCUUCAUGGGCAGCUGUGUUCCCUGUGUGGAUCGGACAACCUUCCCCCAACUGUGUCAACUGUGUGUGGGAAAAGACACAGAAAAGUGUGCCUGCUCCAACCAUGAACCAUACUUCGGCUACUCAGGUGCCUUCAAGUGUCUGAUGGAUGACGCUGGGCAAGUGGCCUUUGUCAAGCACUCCACAGUACUGGAGAACCUGCCAAACAAAGCUGACAGGGACCAGUAUGAGCUGCUCUGCCUGGACAACUCCCGGAAGUCAGUGGAUAGAUAUGAGGACUGCUACCUGGCCAGGGUUCCUUCCCACGCUGUUGUGGCCCGAAGUGUGGGGGGCAAGGAGGACUUGAUCUGGGAGCUUCUCAACCAGGCCCAGGAACAUUAUGGCAAAGACAAAUCUACAGCCUUCCAGCUCUUCAGCUCAACUUUGGGGAAGGACCUGCUGUUUAAGGACUCUGCCCAAGGGCUUUUAAGGAUUCCCCCUAAAAUGGACACCUGGCUGUACCUGGGAUAUGAGUAUGUCACUGCUCUUCGGAAUCUAAGGGAAGAUAUGCGCUCUGAUACCUCAAAGGAUGAAUGCAAGAAGGUGAAAUGGUGUGCAAUAAGUCACCAUGAGAAGGCCAAGUGUGACACGUGGAGUGUAAACAGCGUAGGGAAAAUAGAGUGUGAAACAGCCGAGUCCACCGAAGACUGUAUUGCCAUGAUCGCGAAAGGAGAGGCUGAUGCCAUGAGCUUGGAUGGAGGCUUCAUCUACAUAGCAGGCCAGUGUGGUCUAGUGCCUGUCCUGGCAGAGAACUACAAAACUGAAGGCCCUGAGUGUAGCAACAAGCCAGAGAAAGGGUAUCUUGCUGUGGCUGUGGUUAAAAAAUCAGCAGAUGAAUCCCUCACCUGGAACAAUCUGAAAGGCAGGAAGUCCUGCCACACUGCAGUAGAUAGAACUGCUGGCUGGAACAUCCCCAUGGGCCUGCUCUACAACAGGAUCAAUAGCUGUGAAUUCGAUAAAAUUUUCGAACAGAGCUGUGCCCCUGGAUCUAUGCGAAAUUCCAGUCUCUGUGCUCUGUGUGUUGGCUCGGCAAAAACUCCAGGAAAGGAGUGUUUUCCCAAUAGCCAUGAGAGAUACUAUGGUUACACGGGAGCUUUCAGGUGUCUGGUUGAGAAGGGAGACGUGGCCUUUGUGAAAGACCAGACUGUCAUGGAGAACACUGGGGGAAAUAACAGUGAAGAUUGGGCUAAGGAUCUGAAGAUGGAAGACUUUAUGCUGCUGUGUCCUGAUGGCAGCAGGAAGGCUGUGACAGAGGCUGAAAAAUGCUUCCUAGCCCAUGCCCCGAAUCACGCUGUGGUCUCACGGAAAGAUAUGGCAGCUUGUGUUAGCAAAACAUUACUUGAGCAGCAGGAGUUGUUUGGAAAAACUGAAAAUGACUGCUCGAGCCAGUUCUGUAUGUUCCACUCAGACACCAAGGACCUUCUGUUCAAGGAUGACACAAAAUGUUUGGCCAAACUUCCGGAAGGCACAACAUAUAAAUCUUACUUAGGACCAGAGUAUAUCACAGCUGUUGCUAACCUGAGACAGUGCUCCACCUCAAAACUCCUGGAGGCCUGUACUUUCCACAAAGACUUUCGCGAUCCCGGUCCCGAAAGGAGGAAAUACAACUUAGGAACUACCACUCCCGUGAUGCUCCGCUCCGGCCGCCUGCGCAGAGCCCAGGGCCACGUUGCUUUCGCGGCGCUGGAGACACGCAUCUCAGACAUGGCUUCCGCGGAGUCGCGGCGGAUGGGGAAUGGCGGCAGUGUCGGGGGCGCCUUCCAACCCUACUUAGACUCCUUGCGGCAGGAGCUACAGCAGAGGGACCCGACGCUGCUGUCAAUCGUGGUGGCGCUUCUCGCAGUGCUGCUGACGCUGGUGUUCUGGAAGUUCAUUCGGAGCAGGAGGAGCAGUCAAAGAGCUGUUCUUCUUGUUGGCCUGUGUGACUCUGGGAAAACAUUGCUCUUUGUCAGAUUGUUAACUGGCCUUUAUAGAGACACUCAGACAUCGAUCACUGACAGCUCUGCUCUGUACAAAGUCAACAAUACCAGGGGUGCUAGCCUGACCUUGAUUGAUCUCCCUGGCCAUGAGAGCUUGAGACUUCAAUUCUUAGAGCGUUUUAAGGCUUCAGCCAGGGCUGUUGUGUUUGUUGUGGAUAGUGCAGCCUUCCAACGAGAGGUGAAAGAUGUGGCAGAGUUUCUCUAUCAAGUUCUCAUUGACAGUAUGAGUUUGAAGAACACACCGUCAUUCUUAAUCGCCUGCAAUAAGCAAGACAUUACAAUGGCAAAAUCUGCAAAAUUAAUUCAGCAGCAGCUUGAGAAAGAACUCAACACUUUACGAGUCACCCGUUCUGCUGCCCCCAGCACACUGGACAGUUCCAGCACUGCCCCUGUUCAGCUGGGAAAGAAAGGCAAAGAAUUUGAGUUCUCACAGUUGCCCCUCAAAGUGGAGUUCCUGGAGUGCAGUGCCAAGGGCGGAAGAGGGGACGCUGGCUCUGCUGACAUCCGGGACCUGGAGAAAUGGCUGGCUAAAAUCGCCUGAGGGGCAGAGCUAAAGUGCAGGACAGUUGAACUUGUAUGUGUGUGGAAAAGGGUGUGGUAGCCUUGAGUUGAUAAAGAAGGGGUACAGAAUGUAAUAAGAAACAUUUUCUUGUUCUGGAAACAAAUUACUGUCGAAAGUAACUUGGAAUUUUUGUUUUUAAGUUUAGUUUUCCCUCAUUGCUUUCUUUUAUUUGUGUGCUUCCCUUUGUUAAGGUGUUGUCCCUUUAACAUAAGCUUGACGUAAGGUUAGGAGGGUAUUAUGAGAAUAUGAUUAUCAUCUGAAAAUUUCUUAUCCUCUGCCUCUGUGCUUUAGUCCCUUUUGCUGAAAACAAACCCUGUCUGUGUAUGGAACUAGUUGAUUUCCAUUUGUCCUUGGCUGGUUCACGGUCAAUACAUCAUCUGGUCCUUUGUGAAUUCUCAGAUGUGUGGGUGUAGUUACAAGGUGGUCUCCUGACGUGUGAAGACAGGUAGAAAACAGCAAGGCUGUGUUGAUAGCGGGUCUGUUUUUCAUCAGCUUGGUGACUUGUCCACACUCCAGCCUCAUAACACUUAGGUUUCAAAAACAUGCCCUGAACCCUUGGAGUCAUUCCCAGAUGACAGAACUGUAAAUGCUAAAUCCCCAAUGCCAAGGGCCUCGUGUGUUCUGGUGGUUUCCCUUAAUUGAGGAGUCUGUGGAGAUUUAGAAACUGUUGUGGUUUUCUGGAUGGCCAAGGGCUCCUGGAUGUGUUCGUGUGCUGUUUGGCCCCUGUUUUGUACUCCUAGCUAGAAUGCAGUGGAACACAUAGGAAUGAUAAAAGUUCUCCAUAGUUUUAACCAGCAGUGAAUAUACACUUUAAAAAAGAAAAGUCAGCCUCUUCAAAGUGAUGCUCUUUGUUGUCUUCUUGAAUGUUGGCUUUUUAAAUGGCUUUUAUAAAUUAUUAAUGCGUUUCUUGGCAAAUAAAAUAACCUGUCUGGCUCAAAGCAAUGAAAUGGAACGGUAUGGUGAGUACAAAUGGGAGCAUGUGUUAGGAAGGGUGCAGGCCUGGUUCCACAUCUCCAGGGCCUGCAGAUUGCAGCGUACACAGGAACAAACAGCUGUCCCUACUUCACACACUCAGGGACAAGCUCGGCCAAAGCUUCAGAUGAGAUCAGGGUGGCUGUGGCUAAGUGAGAAGGUAAUCCCAGAAGAGUGUGGUCAGAGCAUGAUGGGGGUGUGGGUGCUCGGAAAGCACGCAGCACGGGCACCCACCCUGGCUCUGAGGGGUCAGGGGGAGUCUGUAUAAACACGGAGCCAAUAACAUCCGAGUGCGGGAGGUCCCCGCAUGUGCUACAGCCCAAGCCUCUGGCUGCCGUCACGUCUUCCUUUGAGUGAUUCUAGCUCCGCGUGAGACUACAGCUCCCCUCUGCCCUCAACCCUGUUUCCUACACCUCGCUGCUCGCAUAUGGAAUAAGUGCAGGCUGACACGGGGAAGACCUUGGACCUUGACCCUGGUAGAGUUAUUAUCCUAAAGCCUCAGUGCUGCUAGUGUUCUUUCUGUCCUUUGGAUUCUUGGUUUUUGUCCUUAUUAGCUAGCAGUGAUUUAAGGAAAUAGGUAAGAGUAACGAAGCAGAAAUCAAAAAGGGUUGUGAUAAAUGUGACAUGUUCACAUAAUCACAGGUGCUUGUGUGAAUAAAAAUCAAUGGCCUGAUGCUUCUGUUAAGAGGCAUGUAAUCUCUCAGUUUUGCUUUUUUGUUUUUUUCUGGUUAAUAAAUUGUUAUACUUUA